ACAAAGUGAACAUGGACGCGACAGGACAGCGCUUAUCUUCUAAUCCACAGGGAUUAUUUCUCUCUAAUUGAUUGUGUUUUUCAUAUAAUUAAAAAAGAAGGGUUUGUCUGUGUGUGUGUGUGUUGGGGGUAGAACAGGGGGCACGGAGCCAUGGUGGAACCGGAGGGGUGAGAUCUAAUCCCGGAUCCAGUUCAUGAAGGAGUUGGUUAAAGUUUGUUCCAGAAGUCUUGGACUGGGAGGCGGGACGCAKAAGUCCCAUAACAGACCGGUUGUUGGUGCGCUCGGACCCGGCUGAGCAGCUUGACGGCAGCGCGGAGGUUUCCUCUCAAGAGAGGGGAAAAAAGGCUGACUUUUAACGACUUGUCUCCGGAGACCGAGCGGGAAGACACGGAGCACCAGGCCGGCUGUUGGACCGUCGCAUCGCGGUGGGAAAGCGGCUGUAGCAGAGCGGGGSACCGUGGUUUCCUUCGCCCGGCGGCCAUGCGAGGAGCUCGGGUCUUUGUGGAGGAAUGUGCCGCCUGCCCCCGGCGUUAGCUGCGGCUCCAUGGCCACCAGUAACAACAUGCUCCUGGCCUCCGCCGUGGUGGUGUGGGAAUGGCUGAACGAACACGGCCGGUGGCGGCCUUACAGCCCCGCCGUCUCCCACCAGAUAGAGGCGGCCAUCCGGAGCAGCGACCCCCGCGGAGGGAGCGUGGUCCUCGGCCAGGUCGACAGCAGGCUCUCGCCCUACAUCAUAGACCUCCAGUCCAUGCACCAGUUCCGGCAGGACACAGGAACCAUCCGUCCGGUCCGGAGGAGCUUCUACGACCCCGCCUCGGCCCCGGCUCAGGGCUGGCAGUGGGAGUGGGAGAACGACGCCGGCACCUGGACGCCRUACGACAUGGAGGUGGCCAUCGCCAUCGAGAGCGGCCACGGCCACCAGCAGACCUGCCUGGACCUGACGCCGCUCGGCUUCUGCUACCUCAUCGACUUUAAGAACAUGACGCAGGUGAACAGACAGAGCCAGAGGUGUCGCAGGAUCCAGCGGCGUGCCGACCUGACCUACCCGCUGGUGUCUGGGCCCCUCCCUCUACYCAAAGGAGGAGGGCUCGGAGGAGUCGGGGGGCUAACGGGGGCUCUGCUGGGUGUAGGGGUUUCAGGGUCCAGCAURGGAGUUGGAGGUCCCGUCACAUCUAACGGGACUGUACCGGUUCCUGGUCUGGGCCAGCCCUGCUCCUGUCAGCAGUGCCUGCUGGUCCUGAGUGUGAAGAGCAGUAUGGGAGGGGGAGGGGCCAUACAGACGCUGAGUCGGCGCUCGUUAACCAUGCAGCGACCCAAGAACUCUGCAGCCCCCGCCUCCAAGCCCUUGAGCCCGUCUAAGUCCGCCACGCUGGGCCGGGGUCAGCAGCCGAACCUCAGCUACUACCAGACGCUGCCGCACGGCCUCGCCAUCARCAAAAACACGGCCUCGCCACGACAGAACGCCCAGCUCUUCGCCCAGUCGCUCGUCGCCCUCACCGCCGCCACCUCCUCCAUGGGCAUMGCCUCCAGCAGACCGCCUCCCCCGUCUCUGCCGCCACCCCAGCCCCCUUCCUCUGCCCCGCCCGCCGUGCCCCCCAAACUCUCCUCGUCCAGCGCCGGCGAACCCGUGCCCACCGCCAUGCUGAUCACCCCGGCCAGCGGUGUCACCACGCCCCCCUCGCCGGUGCCGUCGCCRUCCUCCACGGUGAUGUGGCCGCAGCGCGCCCCGCCCUCGGCCACGACGACRGUGUGCCACGCCCCGCUGCCGCAGCGCUCCAGCCUAGCCGGGCUGAGCCGGCCGGCGCUGCAGAGGAUCGCCAUGGCCCAGUCCAGAGCACUGAUCGCUUCAGGUGUUCCCACRGUUCCGGUGAAAAACCUGAACGGAUCCAGUCCAGUCCACCCGGCUCUGGCUGGGAUCACUGGAAUCCUGAUGAGUGCUGCUGCUCUGCCCGUGUGUCUGACCCGGCCUCCGAAACUAGUCCUGCACCCCCCACCYGUCAGCAAGAGCGACAUCAAACCGGUGCCCGGCUUCAGCCACUGCUGCAGGAAAACUACCAAGAAACAGGCUCGGAAAGGUAAAACUCCAGAGGAGGUGGUGAAGAAGUACCUGCAGAAAGUAAAAAGUCCACCGGAGGAGGACUGCACCAUCUGCAUGGAGCCUUUGGGGGGGCCGUCUGGUUAUAAAGGUCCAGGUGUGGGUCCGGUUUCYAAGGCGGAGUCAGUGGGUCGGUUAGCCCAGUGUGGACAUCAGUACCACUUCCAGUGCCUAGUGGCCAUGUAUAAUAAUGGCAACAAGGAUGGCAGUCUCCAGUGUCCCACCUGUAAAACCAUCUACGGCGUGAAGACGGGCAACCAGCCAGCAGGGAAGAUGGAGUACCACGUCAUCCCCCACUCUCUGCCRGGUCACCCCGACUGCAAAACCAUCCGCAUCAUCUACAACAUCCCACCUGGGAUUCAGGGACCAGAACAUCUGAACCCAGGGAAGCCCUUCACUGCCAGAGGCUUCCCAAGACACUGCUACCUCCCAGACAGCGAGAAAGGACGCAAGGUUCUGAGACUGCUCCUGGUGGCGUGGGACCGCAGGCUGAUCUUCUCAGUCGGUACUUCGAGCACCACAGGAGAGUCGGACACGGUCAUCUGGAACGAGGUUCAUCAUAAAACCGAGUUUGGCUCCAACCUAACGGGCCACGGCUUCCCCGACCCGGGACACCUGGACAACGUCCUGGAGGAGCUGCGYGCUCAGGGCAUCACAGAGGAAGAUGCACUGGUAGAAAAGUGAGACACCUGAAGGGACUCGCAGAGGAAGAGGUCCUGGACUGAGGAGACACCCUGCCAGCACUUAGAUCUGGUGCCAGAGGCUUGUUUUUGCAGAGCUAACCACUCUCAGAGAUGAUAACCGUCAGCGCUGGCUUCGCCUUUCGAUGCAAGUUUGUUCAGACGUCAGUUUUUCAAACCACCAGAGGAGGAAGAGGAGGAGGAGUUUGUAGUUUUAGCUACGAAAAAAUAUAAAUAAAAAUGAGUGAGAAUGAGUUGGUACUAACAUCCAGAAUGAAAACAAGUUAACUUUACUGAGAGAGAGUUAAAGAUGGAAGAAAAGCAGCCAAAUAAUGUGAGGAUUAAAGAGAAGUGAUGAAGGAAGAGGAGGAGGAGUGAAGAAGGUGAACGGAUGUAGUUUAGGAUAGAAGCGCAGUAAAAAUAACUUGUCUGGUACUUUUUCAGGUUCUGGUUGUCCCAUCUUUGUUCUGCUCACCUGCCUGUUUGUGGUGCUUCUGCGCCCUCCGGUGGCACUUCUGAGGUGCUGCAGUUCAAAUCAAAUACUGUUAGGUUUUUGUGUGUGUGUGUGUGUUUUUACUAUAAUCCUCAUUUAGCAUCGUUUAAUUUCUUACCUCCCACCGUUGGUUUAAAAAUGGUUGAACUCGAGCUAGUUAUGGUUUUAUGUGAAAUGCCAAAAAAGCCAAACCAGGACUUUGGGUCAGAACUGAGUCGUGUUAUUGAGCCACUGUGGUACACGUUCGCUCCGUUUAAAAGCACUUCACUGUGUUUCACAAACAUUUCAGAACAAACGGGUCRUUUCUUUCUGAUCUUAUUCAGUCUGUGAUGUUCUGCCUUUAUCUCGAAUAGAAACCAGGUCAGACAAGAGGAAACUGAAUAAAUGAUCUGAUCAAGUUUAAAGUCAGAACACAAAACUGCAUUUUUAAUCUCCUAAUUAGAAAAAAGUUAGUUUUUAACUCUUUGGAGUUGACAAAGUGAAAACAGUACGAGAUAUUAAAGGUACUUCUUUAAAACUUGUAUUUAGAUAAAAAUGUCACAAACCAGUAGCUCAAACUUUCAAGUUACUGACAAAAAAAUCUAAGUUUCCUGCAGCAUUUGAACACACCAUCAUGCUGCGUUUAAUGUCAGCAGGAUUUUUAUGUUUUCGUGUUCAGGAGAGUUUGCUGAUAAUUUGUUGAAUGAAAUGUUCGAGUCUUUUUCCUCUUAACAUCUGAGGAGCAGGGUUCAAAUGGUAUCUGCAGAGGAUUGUGGGUAAUGUAGUGUUAAACCCCAUCUGCCUUUCUGAACUCAACGAUUCUGGUGAGUUUUACCUGAAACAGGUACGUGGAGCUUCUGAACUCUUAUAGAUGCACUUUUUUUAAGACAAAAUAUUMCAGAGAGACAGAGAGUGGGAAAAUUUUAGGUACUUUUAUUAAACGACUCAGUUUUUGUGUUUCUACGUCUUUAUUUUUUUUCUACCUCUGCUCUGCUGGGUUUCUAAAGCAACCUGAAUUGUGACCUGUGUGUUCGGAGGAGUCAUUCCAUUAUUAAGGGGUUAUUUUGGUAAGUUUUAUCAGAAUGACAUCAUCCUUUUACCAGAUUGUGAAACUUUCUCYACGUUUUGAUGGAGAAAAACACCUUUUUUAAAUAGCAUUUUUCUUAACACAAUUAUAGAAUUGUUUUGUUUUUGUUUGUUUUUUCACCCCACAUUUUGUACAUUUAUGUUGUAUUAAUUACACCCAUUUUCAAGUAUGUUUACAAAGACAGUAUUAUUAAAUACAGUGUCUUGUUUUCUUUUGGUACAGAAUUAAAGCUAACGUUCAUCUUUUCUUUGGAAAAGGAAUUUCAUGGUAGACUUUUCUCUAAGUGUGAUUUUCUUAACUGAAAGUCAAAGUCUUGUAUUUUUAUUGUUGUGUAAGGUAAAAGGAUGCUUCUUUUUCUUUGUCUACAUAUCACCUGUUCCUGAUGCUGUUCUGCCCAGAAAGUUUCACGAAUAUUGUGAUGCUGAAAGUUUUUGCAGCAGAUUUUUACGGUAAAAUGUUUUUUUUUUUUUGUUAAACUUUAACAGAAUCAGCUUGUGUCAGACGUUUUGUUAUUGCASCAUAAAAUACUUGUACACAUUUUUACUCACUCUCCAUCAGCUGAUUUGAACACUGUGCAGCGUCUGAGGCUGCGAUCGAGACUGUUUCCAAAUGUUGGUUUGUUUUUCCAGCACGGUUUCUCGUCCCCACUGAAGGCACUGUCGCCUUUAAAGGUGAUUUGUUGCUCUUCAGGAGAAAAUGUGAUCGUAGGUGCUAGUGUACAAGCAUGGAAACCUAAUAAGCAAACGUGUAAAUAUGGCAAAAAUAAUUGCUGGAGUAUAAWUGAUUAAAACAGGGAAAAUAAAAAUAAAGAAUGAAACUGGA